CUGAAAUUUUAAGAGUGGCCAACGAGAAAGCCUCCAACAUGGCUCAGCAGAUGGAGAAGAACGCAUCCUCAGCAGUCACUGCCGAUCAGGAAGAGGACGACUGUGGACCGUUGUUGAUCGGAAAGUUGGAGGGAAAUGGAAUUACUUCGGGUGAUCUCAAAAAGCUCGCGGAAGUCGGUUUCCACACGGUGGAAGCAGUUGCAUUCGCACCGAUCAAGCACCUGGUAGCGAUCAAAGGCAUAUCGGAAGCCAAAGCAGAGAAGAUCCUUCUGGAAGCAACUAAGCUGGUUCCGAUGGGAUUCACCACUGCCACUGAGUACCACCAGAAGCGAUCGGAGAUCAUACAGCUGACUACGGGCUCAAAGGAAUUGGAUAAGCUACUUGGAGGAGGAAUCGAAACCGGAAGCAUCACGGAAUUGUUUGGAGAAUUUCGUACUGGCAAAACUCAAAUCUGCCACACACUGGCAGUCACAUGCCAGCUUCCGGUAAGUCAGAACGGUGGUGAAGGUAAAUGUUUGUACAUUGACACAGAAGGAACAUUCCGCCCGGAACGAUUGCUGGCCGUUGCCGAACGAUACAAACUAGUCGGCACGGACGUCCUGGACAAUGUCGUCUAUGCUCGCGCUUUCAACUCGGACCAUCAAAUGAAACUUCUAGUUCAAGCGUCGGCGAUGAUGGUCGAAUCUCGUUACGCUCUGCUAAUCGUGGACAGUGCGACAGCUCUCUUUCGAACCGACUACAGCGGUCGUGGCGAGUUAAACGCCCGGCAAGUUCAGCUGGGUAAGUUCCUGAGAAUGUUGCUUCGAUUGGCGGAUGAAUUUGGGGUGGCGGUCGUCAUUACGAACCAGGUGGUGGCACAGGUUGAUGCGGCGGCUAUGUUCACACCGGAUCCGAAGAAACCUAUCGGCGGUCACAUUUUGGCUCAUGCUUCGACGACGCGGCUUUACCUGAGGAAGGGACGGGGUGAGACCAGAAUUUGUAAGAUCUAUGACUCGCCGUGCUUGCCGGAGAGUGAGGCCAUGUACGCGAUUAAUGCGGACGGAAUUGGCGACGUGAAGGAGUGAUCUCGGAGUGUGUGUGGUAUGAUGGGGGAACAUGUGAAUUUGCAUUUUUGCGUACGGGUUUGUGGCGAUACAUUUACUACCUGUUUUAUUUAUGCGUUGACUGAUGGAUUAAAUUGUUCAUUGAAUUUA